CUGCACGUCACCCCAAGCAGCUGCACGUCAGCUACACGCCACAACAAUUUGAUGGCUGAAGUUAGAGUUGUCUUGUUUUGAACGAUUGUUGCACUUCACCUUCAUGAGAGGGUGGUGGUGCAAGCGCUCGGUGUUCAUGAGCGCAGCCUUGGAAGCAUUCCUUCCCUGGUCUCGUGUCGGUGUAGGCCGAUGUUCCGUUGUUGUGUUGUCGGUUCACGUCCUCUGUUGUUGUGCCGCCUCGACGCACACCCUGCGAUGAGCAUUUUUUCCUCGCGAUUCCACACCACACAAGGAGACAAGGCGCAGAUCUGAACUGUUUGUUUUGCAUCACCUCCUCCUUCUCCACGAUACGCUUCCCCUGCAAAUCCUCCAGCUCACACACUUGCGCACAGCGUCCCCUUCGCACCCCCCCCCACAACUCUCGGGCUUCUCCACAAGCUCAGCAGCAAGUGAUCCACCACCAUGUACGGGUUUGUGGAAGAGGCACUUAACGCCUACGUGCUGUCUCUCCCAGAUGGCAAGGAGAAGCUUGACCUCAUUCGCAGGGAGGCCAACGUCACGCACACCGCAGUCAACUUCCACCAUGCAUACUCGGACGAGCACACCCUCAACAUGGUCGUCUCAGCCGCAAAGGUGCUUGGCAUCGACGCGGAGGAGUGCCUGUCUCAGAUUGGUUUCUUCCAGGUCGGCGUGCUCGUGGAGAAGGGCUACCUGCCCCUCGUCCAAAGUCUUGGAGACAACUUCUACGAGCUGCUGCUGCAUCUGGACUCGAUGCACUUGAACAUCGUGAACGCGUACCCGUCCAUGAAGGGGCCUUCCUUCAAGCCGCACAGGCAGAAGGAUGGCUCACUCUUGCUGCACUACUAUUCGUCGCGCAUGGGCAUCUACCCCUAUGCCAUCGCCUUGCUCAAGGACAUUGCCAAGAAGGUGUACAGCCUCGACAUUGAGCUCAAGCACGUGAAGAAGAAGGGCCAGGACCACGACCACGACGUGUUCCACAUCUUCAUGGGGCCAGAGGGCUAUGGAGAGAAGGAGUACUUUGACUCGGAAAAGGCGCACGCCAUCAGCGGGCAGCUGACUUUUGGGCCGUCCAUGGUGGAUUCGGUGUUCCCCUGGCAUAUCUCGUUCGAUCGCACGUUCACCAUCACCAGCGUCGGCCCCCGCCUGAAGGAGCGCCUGCCUGCCGGUGGUGUUGGCCAGCCUUUCUUCCGCCUCAUGCGCGUGGUGCGACCAGACAUCCGCGGCCUUGGGUUUGACAGCCUGCUGGAGUCGUUUGACCACAGCCCGCUUCUCGUGCAAGCGUGUGCCGUUCCACCUGGCAGCGACGCCAGCACAGCCCCGCCCUCCGGGUGCCCCUUUGCUGCUGCUGCUGCGCGCACCACCGGCAGCGCCACGACGCCAAAGCCGAAUCAAACGCGGCGGCGCAGGGGCAACUCUGUUUCGCAGAGCACGUCCGCCGGCAGCAGCAGCACAAGCAGCAGUAGCAGCAACAGCGAUACAGCGGAGGCGAACAAGAACAAGAGCGCGCAGGGGAGUGGUGUGAACGACGAUACGGCGCUUCCGGGGGUGUUCCCUGACGAUGGCGGGAAGGACCCGAUUUCCGGCAUCACCAUCCUCAAGGACGGCCUGUUUCUCAAGGGCGAGCUUGUGUUCAGCCCGGAGCACGACGCAAUGCUGUUCCUGUGCAUUCCAACCAUCAGCAGCCUGGAGGAGAUGGAGAAGCUGGACAUCUGUCUGGAAGACAUCCCCAUCCACAGCAACGGGCGGGAGCUUGUCAUCAGCACGGCGCACCAGUCUGCCACGGUGCUGAUGGCGCAGACGCUACAAAACACGACGGCUUCGCUCGACAAGGCCAUGGAGGAUCUCGACAAGGAGAAGGAGCGGGUUGACGGCCUCUUGCACAGCAUCCUCCCAACGCAAGUUGCACAAGCGCUUAAGGCUGGCGAGAUUCCCGAGCCCGAGCAUUACGAGGCCGUCAGCAUCCUCUUCUCGGACAUUGUCAGCUUCACCAAGAUCUCCUCAAGCGUCCCCGUGCGCGAGGUGAUGGACAUGCUGAACGAGCUCUUCUCCAAGUUUGAUGCCCUGUGCACCAAGCACGGCGUGUACAAAGUCGAAACCAUCGGCGACGCAUACAUGGUUGCGUCAGGCCUGCCCAAGGCAGACCCACGCCACGCAGACGUGAUUGCUGCCUUUGCUGUGGAGAUGGUGGCAGCCGCUGAGACGGUCAUCAGUCCCAUGGACGGCGAGCCAAUCAACAUUCGCGUCGGCAUGCACAGCGGCCGCAUCAUGGCAGGAGUCGUUGGCCGCGAGCGCCCGCGCUACUGCCUGUUUGGCGACACGGUGAACGUGGCAUCACGCAUGGAGUCGACUGGCGUUGGCGGUGCCGUGCAGGUGAGCUAUGCGUUCAUCAAGGCGCUGCCCAACAAGGAUGAUUGGAACAUUCUGAAACGCGGCACGGUGCCCGUGAAGGGCAAGGGCGAGAUGAAGACGUUCUUUGUGCUUGGCCGCGCUGGCUCGAGCAUGCAGCUUGCACCACCAGAUGCCAGCGACUAUGAGAGCGAAGCGCAGACGCCGCGCAUUGCUUUUGGACACGCCGGGUCUGACCCGCGCAGCCCAGCGUCGUACGGCUUCAUGCCACAGCCGCAGCAUCAGCAGCAGCCAGUGCCGGCAUCGCCAGCGCCACAGGCGCGUCAGCUCCCACCCCCACCCAAGCCCGACACCAUGUUUGAGGUCGUGGUGCACGGCAGUGACAUUGACAUCAAGCUGCCGUAUGUGCCGUCGUCCAUGACGCUGGGCGAGCUCAUGCUGGAAAUUCACCCGGAAGGCACGCGCGACAACGCCGACUCGGACUACCGCUUCUAUCUCGACGACAUGCACGAGGGCAUGCUACUGCCACGGCUCACCGUGGAGCAGCUGUAUGCGAGCCUGGUCACAAACAAGGUCAUUGAGAGUGGCAGUCGACAGCUGUCGCUGUACGCGGAGACGCGCACGUGCCUGAAGCAUCCGUUUGCCACGCCACGCAUCCAGACGCGAGCACCUUCCAUCCCCAACAUCGCUGUCGCGCCCUCAAACGAGUUUAUCUGAAAGGGGUGGUGGUGUGGUGGCGUGGCUCGUGGCGCGUGUUACGUUUCAUACCCGCAAUGCACUUGUAAGCUGGCUGGUCGUGCAUGUCAGCUGCCAUGAUGGCAGUUUUAAGCCGCUCCUCUCUUUUGUUCACUUCUUCGUCUUCUUGGGGAUUUCCAUUUCACUAAGCCGUCUUGACCCUUUCUCCCCAAGUUUGCUUUCCCCCACGCCCUCGCAUCCAUUACCACCACGAUUUCGUUGGCACAUCACUCCUGGGGAGGUGAUUGCUUUCUUGUGUCAGUGCAUGUCUGUGAUUCAUUCACACCGCAUAGAACAUGCAACACCACAUCAUCAGAGCUGCUUGCGCGAAAUAACAACUGCGCACUGGAGCAUCGAGAAAGAAGAAAAGC